UUUCACAAAAUUUAAUCACUCUCUUCAAAAAGUUCCAAAUUUGUAUUCAUUUCCGAUUUUUAUUUUGUUAAACCCAAAGAACAUUCGAGCGCGUGACACGCCUUCGAACCGUCAAACGUCAAUUUUCCAAAAAUCGAGGUUAUCAUUAUGCUCAAAUGAUACAUUUAAAAAAUGGGUGAUAGGAACGAAGUGGUGGAAACAUUAAAAGCGGCAAAAUCGUACCUAAAUCACUUGGAAAAUUUAAACAAGCAGCUGGAAAAUGCGGAAAACCAAAUUUGCGAAACUUCCAGCGAAACAGAGAGGAACAUUGAAGUCACUUUUAGCAAUCUUUUGACCAAUCUGACGGAGAUUUUAUUAAAUCGUAAGGAUAUUCUAAUUAAAAAAGUACAAAAAACGAGGAAACAAAGUUUGGCUCCUUUAGACGCAAGCAGAUCUGAUAUUUUUAGUAACAUUGAAAAGACCAAGAAAUUGAUAAAAGAGGGCGAAUCUCUGUUAAAUGGUAGUAGGGAAAACUUGGCUGAAUUCAGUCAAAAAUCAAGCUUCCUUGGAAGUCUUCCUGCAAUUCCAGAGCUCAAAGAAGUGCCUUAUAUUUCAUUCCACUGUGAACCAAAUUUAGAGUCGGAAUUGCUCGACAUUUGCUCCCAGUUUGGCGAAGUUUCCAGAAUUGCUCCAGUCCAAAUAAGCCAAACUGUUGAAAAACCUGGCGCAAUUCUGGUCGAGUGGCAAAGUGUAGACGAUGAGCGCUGUGUCGAUAUUCAAGAAUUUCGUCUCCAGAGAGCAUUUGGGGACGUCAUAUCUGAAAAACACUUAGAAAUAAAUUUUUCCGAUUGUUAUGUGGGCACAGAAACGCAGUUUUUAGUCAAGGAUUUACGCCCCAACCAGUUGUAUUCUUUCAGAGUUUGUUGUAAAUUUGAAGGCUCGAGUGACUGGAGUCCAUGGUCUUUGCCCCAAGUCACUAAGACAAGCAUCAAGCCAUUUUCUUGGGCCAGUAAUAGAGAUUUUGUUUUUGCUGAUGACAAUAAAAUUGCCACACCUGUGAAAGAUGCGCCGAGUUUAUUAUUGUCUGAUGGACCACAAUUUGCCGUUGGAUAUUCUGUUGAGUUUUCGUAUUUGGAAAUUGAUAAUAAAUGUUCUACGAUUGCAUUAAUUGCGGUCAAGGAAGCUGCAGGGAUUAAGGAAAUAAGGUUAGGCGAUCACAGCUAUUUUGCUCUUGAUUCGACUGGGGAAAUUUACGUUGAUGGUGUAAAGAAGGCUACCAAGUUACCUGAAGCUGCCAAAGGAUUCAAAAUUUGCUUUAUGUGUGAAUUAAUCCAAGAUGACAAAGUACGAGUCAGUAUUGAUACGUGUAACAAGCAAGUUACGUACGACUGGCAAAUAAGUAAAACCGAUAAAUUAUAUUUUGGCGCACUUUUAAAAUCGCCUGCUACCAAAAUAAUGGUUGAAUGAUUCGCUUAAUAAAAAAUCUUUUACA